UACUUUACACACAAGAAAGUAAUGGCAUCUGCUGGGCUUCAGAUUUUGGCCACUGCCCUCGCUGUUAUCGGCUGGUUGGGAGAAAUCAUUAUCUGCGCGCUCCCCAUGUGGAAGGUGAGUGCGUUUAUUGGCAACAACAUCGUGACCGCACAGAUCUUCUGGGAAGGCCUUUGGAUGAACUGCGUGCAGCAGAGCACGGGUCAGAUGCAGUGCAAAGUCUACGACUCCAUGCUGGCGCUACCGCAAGAUCUCCAGGCCGCUCGAGCUCUGGUUAUCAUCUCCAUCCUCGUGACGUUCCUGGGAAUUCUUCUGGCCGUCGCUGGAGGCAAGUGCACCAACUGCAUUGAAGACCGGGACGCAAAGACCAAAGUUGGGAUCGCGGCCGGGGUUUUCUUUCUGGUUGGUGGUGUUCUCUGCCUUAUCCCGGUCUGCUGGUGCGCGCACACCGUCAUCCGAGACUUCUACAACCCCAUUGUGCCUGAGGCCCAGAAGGGUACUAUCCUAGUGUGUGCAUUGCCUAUGUGGAAAGUGACGGCCUUCGUGGGAGCAAACAUCGUGACAGCACAGGUUUUCUGGGAAGGCUUGUGGAUGGUCUGCGUCCUGCAGAGCACCGGUCACAUGCAGUGCAAAGCGUUUGACUCCGUCCUGGCUCUGACUCAAGAUCUCCAGGCAGCUCGAGCUUUGAUUUGUGCCUCCAUCGCUGUCAGUGUGGUUGCCAUUGGACUGUCGGUUGUUGGGGCCAAUUGCACAACCUUUUACAGAGAAGAGCGGCUUAAAAAGACCAACAUUGGAAUAGCAGCUGGUGCUGUCUAUAUAGUUGCAGGUGUAACCUGCCUUGUUGCUGUCAGCUGGUCGGCGUAUGUCACUAUUGUGGACUUCUAUAAUCCUCAAGCAAUAGCAGGGAGAAAAGGAGAGCUGGGAGCUUCCAUCUAUGUCGGAUGGGUGGCCGGUGUUCUGCUGAUUGUAGGUGGAGGGCUGCUCAUCAGCACAUACUCCAACAGAUUUUCACAUGGAAUGGUUAUUUUACUUGGAAUUAAGAGAAACAUGGUGUCCGCAGGACUUCAAAUCUUGGGCAUAUGCCUGGCUAUGAUCGGCUUCUUGGGAAGCAUCGUCAUCUGUGGCUUGCCCAACUGGAAGGUGACAGCAUUCAUUGGAGCCAACAUUGUGACCUCGCAGACCAUCUGGGAAGGUUUAUGGAUGAACUGUGUGGUUCAGAGCACAGGACAGAUGCAGUGUAAGGUCUAUGAUUCUCUGCUGGCACUUCCUCAAGAUCUGCAGGGCGCCAGAGCCUUGGUGAUCAUCGCCAUCAUCGCUGGGGUGUUUGGAGUCCUCCUGUGCAUCGUGGGAGGAAAGUGCACCAACUUCGUGGAAGACGAGGCGUCUAAAGCGAAGGUCGCCAUUGCCAGCGGUGUUAUUUUCAUCAUCGCUGGAAUUCUUGUCCUCAUUCCCGUCUGCUGGACUGCGAAUACCAUAAUCAGGGACUUCUACAACCCUCUGUUGAUGGACAGCCAGAGGAGGGAGCUCGGGGAAUCGCUUUACAUUGGCUGGGCUUCAGCCGGCUUGCUUUUCCUGGGUGGAGGUCUCCUCUGCAGCUCUUGCCCACCGAGUGAGGAUGUUCCCAGUAAUGUGAAGUAUUCUCAAGCUAGGUCUGUGGACAGCAGCAAAGCUUAUGUAUAAAAAAUGUGAGAUCAACUAAACAAAAACUGUUGAAGAGGAACUCAUUUACAUACAAAUUUCAAAUGUAAUUUCUUCAAAUGAAUGAAGCUUAAUGAAGUAUUGGAAUGUCCAUUGCCACAAAAUAUUAAUGCAUUAUACGUGUUCAUAUUUUUUCAUUGUAUAUUAAUUCAAGAAAUGCAUGUGCAAUGUUGCACAAAGUUUGGCUACUGAAACCAUUAGGGUUAUGCGCACAAAGGUAAAAUUGAUUUAAAAAUGCAGUAAAACAGUAAUAUUGUGAAAUAUCAUUACAUUUUAAAAUAACCGUUUUCUAAACUAAAUCUAUUUUAUCAAUUGAAAACCGAUGAUGUGUUCAAUAGUUUUGUGGAAACCAUGAUACUUUUUUCAGCAUUCUGUGAUGAAAAGAAUAGCAUUUAUUUCAAAUGGAUUUUUUUUUUUUGCAACAAUGUGAAAGUCUUUACAGUCACUUUUGAUCAAUUUAAUGCAUCUUAAUAAAAAAAUUGUACUGAUCCCAAACUUUUGAACAGUAGUGUAAUAAUAUACUCAAUAUAUUUUUUCAUUUCAUUAUUCUAUAUUAAAAUGUACAUAUCAAGCAUGCUUUGUAGCUAAUCUGUUCUUUAUAUGCAGUCAUCAAACUACGUCAUUAUCCAGAAAGUUAUUUUCAUAGUUUUACAUCAUAUUAUAGUUGGUAACCAUUAUCCAUAUGACAUGUAGCAAUGUGUAAUUAAUAAAAAAUAUUACUG